AGUUUGCAGAAAUCGAAGGCAGGCCGACUUUCGUUAUCAAAACUCAUUUUUAAUUAAACAUGUCCAAGCGAAAGAGUACGUUGAAGGUGAUCUCGGUCGACUCGGAGAUAGAUUUGGUGCAGGGCCUGGGCGAGCUUGUAAAGCGCCUGGCCAAGGAGGCGUUUACCAGGCAAGAACAGUUCCAUGUCGGGCUUUCGGGUGGCUCGAUGGUCAAGCUGCUGACGAAGGCGCUGAUUGAGGCCGAUGUGGACACCAACCGCUGGCUGUUCUACUUUUGCGACGAGCGACAUGUCCCGGAAAACAGUGAAGACAACACCUUCCACGCUUACAGGAAACACUGGAAAACCGAGCUUCCGCGCAUUCGAGACGAGCAGUUCGUGAAGGCGGACACCUCGUUAGACCUGGAGAGCUGCGCGAGCAACUAUGAGGUGAAGAUCCGGACCGAGGUCCCGAUAGCGGGCUCGCUUCCACAGUUCGAUCUGCUGCUCUUGGGCAUGGGACCCGACGGUCACACGUGCUCCCUGUUCCCGGAGCAGCCCGAGUCCCUGCAGCAGAUCCAUCGACUGGUGAUCCCAAUCCGAAACUCCCCCAAGCCUCCUCCGGAGCGGAUUACCUUCACCCUGCCGCUGAUCAACAACGCCCGGCAUGUGGCCUUUGUGGUCACGGGUGCUGAAAAAGCGAAAGUGGUCGAGGACGUGUUCGUCGAGGUGGAUAAGCUAUUCCCCGCCGCCUGGGUGGAUCCCAAAAACGGAGAUUUGACGCUGAUUGUGGAUGAAAAUUCUGGAAGAUAUGUUCGUUCCUUGAGUUCUUAACUAUAAUUAUUGAUUUUUGUUAAAUAUUUUUUAUAAAAAAAAAAAAGAAAAUGAAAAAAAAUUGGUGGAUCUGUAGAUAUAUUUUUGAUAAAUAAAUUCUUUAAAAAAAUA